UUGCUAAGUAAAAAACACGAGUUCACUUUAAAAAGUAAGUGUUUUAUUAAUGGAAAAGAUAAAUGUAAAACAAUAAAAAGACUCCAUAAACACAUUAAAAAAUGCAGAGAAGAGCUCGAAUUAAAGCUGUGGCUAAUCUCUCAUCAACAAGACGAGCUACAAAUAAAAACAGUGGCUCUAAAGAAACAGAAUCACAAAUUAAUGAAAGUGAAAAAGAAAGAAAUUGCAAAACUUCAAAUAAAGAUGAAGAACCAUUUACAAAACUUCCAUUCAAGGCAGAAAAUUCAGAAGUUGAUUCAAAUGAAGCAGCAAUAAAUAUAAUUGAAAAGAAAGUUGAAGCAAUAUCAACAAAUGAGAUUGCAGAAGAAAGAAAUGAGUGCAAUACUCAAAACAAUCAAAUUUCUUGCCAUCAGUCAUCUGAAAAUGCCUUUGAAACAUUUAAAACUCCAUUACAUAUGCCAACAGAAAGCACAGGACCAGUGUCACAGCCAGUUAAUAAAUUUCGUCGUUUUAAAUUAGCUCCUCUGUUAGUGCCGUCACGAACUUUGACGAAACCUCAAAUUUUAGAUGAAAAUAAUGUAGAAGAAAAUAACACUGAAACACCAAAAGAGAAAGAAGUGAUAAGUGGAAUUAAAGAGCAUGAGAAAAUUGGAGAAUUCACUACACCAUCGCCUGCAAAAAGUAGUGUUACAAUCAAUCACAAUAUUCAUUAUCCAGAAACUCCACAAUCACCAUUUCAUCAUCAUCCUUUUGCUCAUAGCCGUAUAAGAACUGAAUCGUUAUGUUCCAUUAAGUCAAUGAGAGAUGGAACACUUGCCAAUUUACAGCCUCGUAAAAACAUUCGUACUGAAGAUCAGAAGAUUAUCGAUGUUAAGAGAGAGUCUCGUGAACGUCUCAGUAACAAAGAUUUAGAUAAAUCGCAAUUACGCAUGUUCGAUAUGAUUUACUUUAAUCCUCAAAAUAAUCCAAUGAAGGCUCGUUCACCACAUAAAAAUGAUUAUAAGCAGAAAAAUCUUGAAAUAAUGAAGGAAGAGUCGCCUGCUCCGCCAGUAGUGAAGGAAGCUUCACAAGUGAUUGUUCCACAAUUGAGAUUAAAUGCAAAUGGUGAGAUGGUUCUUGAUGAAACUUCUCUCGUUGUUGAGAAUGAACAACAAAAGCAAAAUCGAAUUUUACUUGCAAGUACAAAUGUUGUUUAUGACGAUGACUUGUCGGGAAGUUAUGGUUAUUACAAAAGACAACAAAGAACCAAGGAAUGGUCACAUGAAGAAACUGUGAAGUUUUAUCGAUGUCUUAACACUGUGGGGACAGACUUUUCAUUAAUGUUAAAUCUUUUUCCUAAUCGUUCUCGACGUGAUUUGAAAUUGAAGUUCAAAAGAGAGGAACGAAGUAAUCCACAAUUAAUUGACAAAGCUUUGCUCAAACACAACACUUUUGAUCUUGAAGAACUCCAAAGAGAUUUAGAUAAGGAAGAAGAAGAACGUCGUAAGGAUCUCGAAGCAAAAUCAAAUUCUGAAGUUAAAGCAAUCGUAAAAAGACAAAUUCUUAAGAAGCAAGAAGAAAAAUUGAAAGCUCAGAGAGAACAGAAAUCGAAAAUUGAAAAAAUUCUCAACGAUGGUGAAUUCGCGAUUAAUGUUGUCGAUAAAGUUCAACAAGAAGCUAAAGAGAAUUUUCAAAUGCCUUCGAGUGUGUCAGUAAAUCAAGCAAAAGACAAAAGUUCGAAGAGAAAAUAUACAAUUGAAACAAUUUCGUCGAAUGAAGUUGUCAAAGUCAUUCAUAAUGAAAACUCAUCAACAGUCUUUAGCAUUUCUCACAUAAAUCAACAUAAUUUGGAAAUUCCAUUGGAUUGCUUCGAAAGUUUAAAUAAGAAAACGAAGCCAUCGGAAGAUUUAUUUGCUUUGAAAGCAAAUGAAACGGUUGACAGUGAAAAUGUUGAAUCUGUUGAGGAAAUCACUCAACAAAAAUCAUCACAAAUCUACGCCAGUGAUUCGCAGAAAAGUAAAGAAACAGAUGAAAUUCCAUCAUUUGAAGAGACAAAUACCUCUGAUAAUACUCUUGUGAUAAAUCAAGUGAUUGAUCAAAUUCCAGAAGAUUCAAUUCUCGGUUCUUCUGCGGAAAAUGAUCAAAUUACGAAUGAUUUCGUUGCUGUCAGUGAAAAGAAAGAAGCAAUUCCGAAAUGUCGAAAGAAGAAAAUAAAACCAACACUGUUGUCACGUCAACGUCAAUCAGGGAUCAAAAUAAAACAUGAAGAGGGAAAUCUUUUGGUUGAUAUUCAUCCAACAAAUUCUGAACAAUCCACUGAAGUCACAAUCGAUGGAUCAUUGAGCGAAUCAAAGGAUGAAAUCUCAAUUGAAAACCCUCAAUGUUCAGUGUCACCGAAAUUAGAAUCCUUUGAUGAAGAAGCAUUCUUGAAUUCACUUAAUCUUGAGAAUCUUGUGUUGGUUGAAGCUCAACGUGGCCGUGAAAAUGUUUAUGAAGUGCACGAAAUUGACCCUGUUAGCGGAAAUAUUUGUGACGAGCCCAUAAACUUGCCUGCAAAAUACGUUGAUCUAAUGAUAAGUCUUUUGCAACAACAAGAAGAGGCUGAAAGUAUUGGAUGAGUUUUUAAUUCUCCACAAAUGUUGUGAUGAAGAUGAUGCUACGCUCUCAAACACACACACUAAUUAAAAUUUUUAUUUUAUUUCUUACAACUGUUAAAAUUAUUAUUUAUGAAAAAUAUAAAUUUUAUGCUAC